AUGCCUGGAGGUGUUUGUGCCGUUCUCGACUAUGAGGUCGAGCUUAUGGCCGACUAUGUCUCCGAAAUGGCGACGCGCAUCGUGAUGCCGCAGCGCCAGGUCAACCCGGCAUUCCGCAAAUUCGUGUCGCAGAUUCUCACCUCCACCCGUCUGCCGAGCACCACCAUCCUGCUGGGCAUGAACUACCUGGCCAAGCGGAUCAACAUGAUGCAUGCCGCCGGUCAGACAACCCACACCGAGGGCCAGAUCUGGCGCAUGCUGACCAUCUCCUUGCUCCUUGGGAGCAAGUUUUUGGACGACAACACUUUCCAGAACAAGUCUUGGUCGGAAGUGAGCGGCAUCCCGGUCCAGGAGCUGAACACUCUGGAAUACGAGUGGUUAGGCGCAAUUCACUGGUGUCUCUAUGUCAACUUGGAUGAGAGCAAGGACUACCAAGCCUGGAUCGCGAACUGGAAGGAAUGGCAAGAGACCAAGAACACGCAACAGCGGGCUGGCCGCGACCGUCUGGCUGGUGCCGUGUCACCGGUUGAACCUGAUGUGGCCCGGACUCGCGCGGAACAGUUGUAUCAGGCUUGGUGGAACCAGCAGAUGUCGGAUUUGAAGCGUUAUUCCAACAAUGCUAAGCGCAGCCAGGCGCCACCGACCAACUCUUUCCGCCACGAUCCCUCACCGUGGGCGUAUUCCCAGGCUGCCUGGCCUCAGACAGCCCCCCUCACACCCCCCGAUUCCGGAUACGGCACUCCGGAGUACGCCAACUCAACCGCCUUGGUCAACUCGAAUUACGCUGAAUGGUUUGACGGUGCCCUCCUUAGCGGCAACGGCGGAUCAAGACAAUACCAGCAGGCCCCUGCUUAUGGCGGGUUCCGCUACGGUGGGAGCCAGGCUUCCCGGAAUCUCGGCAGCUAUGGCAACUACUACGGUUAUGGCCAUAGCAUCUGGGAGCACCCGGCUGCUGCCGACUGCAACUGCGGUAGCUGUGGUGGUCUGCACAAGACGGCUGGGUACUUUGGCACCCACGGCCACGGCUAUGGCCAAGCUGUGGUAGGCUAA